AAUUUAAAACUGUGAGUAUUGUUUUUUCGAGAAGAACAUGAAAGCAGCACAGUUCCCAAGGAAAAACUCGCGAAGGAAAGAGGUCGUGUAUCCGGGAUCCUCCAGUAAAAUCCCCUGAACAGCACGAGGGAAAGAUGGACCGUAAAUAAAUGACCGACUAGUGCGUGAUUUUAUGGCAGUGCCGUUGCCGUCAGAGCACGAAUCCCGGUCUGUAACUCAAUUCAGAUCCUUCGGUCUGAAGAGCUGCGAAGGUUCAACCUGCCUGGAUUCAGAUUCAGCCAGACACCAGACUUCUUCUCUGUGAUAUGAUGGAGGUGUAAGCGCCCUGAAAACAGGCUAACCCUGAAAUGGUGUUUCCCUGUGUGAGCUGUGUAUUUGAUCUGUGCUACAGCUCUCAGGGCCAUGUCUGUCUGGUUUGGUGGUAGCUCCAGACACAUCACCACACUAAGGGGAGACUGAGAAGAGGAAACCGGGCACUUUGGGAUCUGAGCCAGUGACCUGUAGGAAGAGAGAAGCAGAGUAAAGGCUUGAUUAAAAUGGGGUUGCAGAUCUUCAUACCUGCUGACUGUGUGUCUGAUUUCCACUCACUCAGCGCACAGCCAUGCCAGAUGUAAAAUCUCCACCACCAUGUGAGUACCCCUCCACCUCCUCUACCACAGCUUCUGCCAGCUCUCCUCUCGACUUUGUCAUAGGCAUGGAGCCCUGCAUCACCAACCUCCCCCUGUCCCCUGACCCCCUGUCCUCCUUCCCCCAACACAGACCCAGUGUUCCUCAGUGCCCGGGCCUCCAGGGGCCUCCCUUCCCUCUAAUGGCCAGGUGCAACAGCAGCACCCUGCUCACUAACCUAGGGCUGAGGUACUGCUCUAGCAGGCAGGGCCCUCUGGAGAUGGGAACAGGUCAGGGGAUGGCCCCAGGCUCCUGCAUCCACACAGGAUGCAAUGGCAGCAGGCCUUACAGGAGUAUGGAGAACCUGAACUGGAACGUUGUGGCAGAUUCUGGCCUGUGUGCAUUCAGUGCUGCCCCCUACAGGAGUGUAGACAGUGAGUUUAUUUUACGCUAUACAUCCACUAGCCACUGGUAUGAUGGGUCCCCUGAUGGAUCUGUGGUGGGGGCCCAUGGACUGGUACCCACCUCAGAGAGCCUUGCAUUUCACCCUCAACAUGGGCUACCCAGGAAGGACCUACGGCUUUUCCCUCAGUUGCUGUUUCCAGGUGGCGUCAAUGAAUGGGAUGCGAGGAAAGGCCUUAGGGAAAAACUCCGCCUCCAGAGUGCGAGGUCAGCAGUUGAGUCUCUGAAGCCCCUCCCAUUGCGGCCUCAGGUGACCUCAAGUGCUGCACACAUUGAAAGGGAGGGUGUGUAUCACAUGAAUUCAACAGUUCCUGGUUCUAAUCCGCUGUGCACAAUGCGCGUCACCAGCCCUGAGGAGCUCAAGCAGGAGGUCUUGAGGCGCUUACAGCUCCGGCGGCAGAACAGCAGCCCAAACCUUGCUCUCUACAGCUCCCCAUCAACCCCAAAAGUGGUUAAAACAUCCUACACAACAGAUAACAUUGCAGGUAACAAAAACGGAUCAGAUCCUGCAUCUGGGUGCCGCAGACCUCCUGUGGGACGCCUACAUAUCCCUACAUUUGAAGAGUUUAAGAGGAUGAAGCAGAAGGAGGGGGAGCAGAGCAAAAAGUCCACAGCAGGUUCUGGAAAACUUGAGGACAACUUGCAGGGUGCAGGAGCAUCAGAUGGUGAGAUAGCUUCUUCUGACCAGACUGUCUCUCAGUCAGGUUGCUGUAGUGGAAACAGAGAGCAGAGAGGAGAUUGUGAGGAGGUGGAGGGAGACAAGAGCACAGAUGAAAGGACACCCAGCAGUGAUGAAGGCCUGCAGACCAUCACCUCCUCAGAGAGGCUUCCUUCUAACACUAUGAACAGUAGCAGCACUGCAGAUCCAACCUCGUCCUCCACCUCCAAUAGCAGCACCUACUCUCCCAUUCGCACAGGCCCCUCUCCACGUUCACCCCUGCAGCCCCUGGCCAGCACAGCCAAGGAGAAGUCCCCAGGUGCAGGGGUAGAUGAUGUGAGCUGCAGGCGUAGGAGGAGCAAUCUGGAACCAGCUGGGUCGGUUCCUUUCCUGCCCAGCAGGGAGAACUGGGAACGACCAUCCAGUUGCUGCCCAGCACUCCUUCCGGAGGGGACGGACCUGUCCAGCUAUGGAGCCAAGAUCUAUAAGAUGAAGGAUGGCCUCAUUGGCUCUGCACUGGACCUCAUCAAGAAGAGCUGCAGUGCAGAGAUCUCCACCAAGGCCCCCGUCAGGCUGUCAGGUGACCGGGACGGAGGCUGUAACAUCACCACCCCCUCGACUGACUGUCAGCCCAUCACCGUUGCCAUGGCAACGUCGGCAACGGCCUGCAGAGCUGAGGCUGACGACAAGACACCUGCAGGAGGAGGAGGAGAGGAAGCAGGAGAAUGCCAUACCGGUCUGGGCUGCAGGCGCUCCAGCUUGGACGCAGCCUAUGAGCUGGCUGAGACGGUGAGGGCACAGCGUGAGUGCCGUCUCCGGCCCCACUACAGCGACCCCAUGCCAGCUGACGCUUCCAAGCGCAUACAGCUGGAGAUGAAGAUCGCUGCUGCUGCCCGACUCCAUGGUCAUCGCAGAGACAGAGACAGUGCUCCUGCAGCAAUUCGUGGUCGCUCAGAACCCCCUGGUGAGGAGCGUCAGGCAGGUCUGGGUGUGACUCGGUCCGGGCAGCAUCGCUGGAGUACCAUCAGCAGUUUGAGUGCUGACAGCGGUGUGGUGGGUCUCAGUGAUGAGCGGGAGGAGGAGGACAGCGAGCCUCGCCGUUACCGCAGGAGCCGGGGGGCUGAGGUGGAACGGGUAGACAGCGGCAUUGGCCCAGGGCUGUCCCGCACCUGGAAGAGGCCAUCUGCCUCCCUCAGGGCCUGGGAGGCCCAGAGACCCUGUCCAGACUGUGGACUGAGGGACGGGGCCUCCAAAGAGCGAGGAGAGCGCAUGUGUGAACGUUGCUCAAAGCUGCGCACCGAGCGCAAAGAAGCCAUCCUAGAGUUCCUGAACACGGAGUCGAGCUACGGCGAGGACCUACGGAUCAUCAAAGAGGAAUUUUAUUGCCCCAUGCAGAGUGCUGGUUUGCUGACAGCUGAGCAGCUCACCGUGGUGUUUGGUAAUGUUCAGGAGCUGAUAGACGUCAACGACCGGUUCACUGAGCACCUGCAGGACAGCAUCGACCAGGCCUUUGACCAGGGAGAUGAAGAUCUGUUGACAGUGUACAUAGGAGAGAUCUUUCUGGAGUUUGUCAACAUGCUGCCUGCCUUCCAGACCUACUGCCUGCAGCAGUCCACCUCGGUCAACAUGCUCAACACAUUAGAGAAGGAGAAAGAACUGCUGAGAAUCUUUCUGGAUGUUUCCCAAAAUGACAACACAGCACUGCGUCGUAUGAACUUGCGCUCCUUCCUCAUGGCACCCCUACAGCGUGUGACCAAGUACCCGCUACUGUUAAGCCGCAUCAUUAAAGUCACUCCCGAGUGUCACCCCGACCAUGCACGUCUCCGUGAGGCCAAGAGUCGGGUGGAAUCCCACUUGGAGCACAUCAACAUGAAGACCAAGCAAGAGGGCAAUGGUGUCACCUGGUCCCUUCGCUCAUUCCGCCGCGACAGCCGCAAGAACCGGGAGGUGAUCAACAUUGAGAUGCGAGAGGUGUCAAUGAAAACAGUCGGCUGGGCAAGAGAAAACACACGCUUUGUCAUGGAGGGACCACUGCAGUUGUCCCAGCCAGCAGACGGUCAUUGGGUGAAGAAGGGUAGUAAGGCCCUCAAGUUCCAAAAUGUUCAGAGUCUGCUGAUGGUGAGGACACAGCAGGUGGGUGAAGCCCCAGGACAGGUCACCGACCUGGGGGCACAGGGAGAUCAGGGGGAAGGUGGUGGAGAGAGCAUUCGAGAUGGAGUGUUGGUUCUAAUCAAGGACAAAAGCAGCGGGAAGUUCGCAGUGCUGAGAGAGCCCAUCCGUCUAGGGAACUGUGUGGUAUCGACAGAUCCAGAUUGUGAGGACACAUUCGAGGUGCUCGAUAUUCGACGGGAGUCUUUUGUCUUCCGCGCCUCGGACAAAUCUCGCACCCAGCAGUGGUUUCAUCAGAUUAAGAGAUAUGCUAGAGACUUGGGCACCUGGAGGAAAAGACGCAAUGCUUUGCCCAACAUCAUGAUCAACACAAACCAGACCCGCUCUUGAGACUGACCACCCCCCAUCCUUGUUACACUGUAAAUAACCUGAAUCCUUAUACUACUAAAUCAGCUGACAACAAGGAACAUUUUUGAGUGACACCACUGUUAUAACUUGUAAGAUUUCAGCAUAAACAAAAAAUCUUUCUCAAAGUCUCAUGAGGGUGAGAGACAGAUACAGCACUUUUUUCUUACUAAGCUAUAAGUGCACCAUACUGUCAUGACAUUAUGUAUGAAGAUUUAAUUUACAUAACAAUUUACAUAGCCGUUACAAAAAAAUAAAUAAAUCUGAUUUGUGGACAACCAAAAAGUUUGGGUUGUGUUUGGCAGCCUUGAUUGUAAAGACUGUUUGCUCUUGCACAGAGAGCUGUGUUUUCAGUAAAUAAGGUGUGUCUGUUGAAUAGCAUGACUGAACAUGACUGACUGCUAAAAGAAAACAAUUAUUUUUUUAUAUAAGACAGUGGGGGAAAACGUUUGUUUUGGUAUUUGGAGGUGGAGAUGUGGUCAUGAGCAUUGCUCAGUGGUUUAUGUUUGUUGUCACUGCCCUCUCCUUCUGUGUGCCGCCCUCUACUGUACAUCAGCGGUAGAGCAACUUUCACUGCCAGAGAUGCAGUUGAGUGGAGCCUCUCCAACAGGCUGAGGACUUCCUGUAUCACUGUGUCUAAAUGAGAACUCACAUAACAGCAAUAAGCUCUGCCAGUUUCAAAAUAAGUAGCCACCGUAUAUGCAUUUGUUUUCCUAAGAUUUUCUUUGGCACUCAGGUGUCCUCAGGUUAUCCAUGCACGGUGUCUUCUCUCGCACUUCAUGUGGCAGAUUCAACUGAAGUCUCAAAUCUGUUCAAGUUUGUUGUCAUUGUUAAAGCUUGCCCCCAUCAUCCUAACACUAAGGAAGUUUCAUUGGAAUUAAGGUAACCUUAGUGCCAUGAAAGCAGUUUGUCAGACGUUCAGUCAAUCUCCUUAGUGUUAACAUCACAGAAAAAAGGUAAAGUCAAAUACAACAGUUUUCCUCACUGUGUGUUAAGUGCAGAGUUUUUCAACCUUGGGUUUUUGACAGAUAUAUUGAUAUUUGUUAUAUACACUAUAUCCAAGGAUAGUGUAACAUGGCCAUCUUAAAUUCCCAGAUCCAAAGGACAAUCUUAAAUUUGUUUUCUCUGUCUAACCAACAGCCAAAACCAUCCUGUUCCCAUGACCUUGAAAGUAGAAAACAAAAAUUGGAUUUUUAAAUUGCCAUGAUAACAUUAAAUCUCUGGUGGUGUCACAACACUUCUGGUGAAAAGGUUGAAAAACCCUGGUAUCUUGACAAACUCUUCUCAAGUAAAACAAAAAACAACCAUCAAACCAUCAUGACAUGGCUUUAACUUUGUGUUAUUAUGUGGCCUAGCAAUGAGCUGUUGUGCCUUGGUACUGGAUUACUGUUAAGCUAAAUCUGACUGAAAUAUUUCCAACCUGUAACAGUAGCUUUUAUCUCUGAGAUGUGGACUAGACUGCCCUCUGUUGGUACUUGAUGGAGAUCAAUUCACAAGCAAUGUAAUUCCUCCUCUGAGUCAGUCCCUGGCAGCUGAUAAUAUGCGAUCACCUUAUCUUUUAUUAUUUUAGUGUGGUUUUACAUUAUUUAUGAAGGCUUUAUUUUGUUUGAUGCACUUUAUUCAGUAAUAGAACACUCUCCAGUAUAACUUCUGGUAAAAUACUGUAUAUGUUACACAGUCUUUUUUAUUCACAAUUUUUUAAAUUAGAGGGAGCCUUGUCAACCGAAGCUGAUUUCAGCACAUUGAGACAAUACUAUAGUAAAGAUCAAGUCAUCAAACCAAAACCACUAUUUAAGACUGAUGCUGUUUUAUAUCUGCAAUGAGGUAGCACUAGAAAAGGUAGCAAAACACUGUGCUUUGGAGUGCAGGGCUGCUGCAUUGUUUCCAAUUAACCGUUUCAAAAUGUUAAAAAAAAAAAAAAAAAAAGCCUGCUAUGUUGCAUACCAUUACUUUCCUUUUCCUCAUUUGCAUUUCUAAGGCCUGAUGUGUUAUUUCCCCAAUGAAUUCUAUUAAAAGAAUUUAAACAACCUUGCUCCUAUUUGUCAGUGCUCAUUUGCAAAAUCCAAUGAGGCUUGAAAUGUAGAAUACAGAAAUAUAUUUAAGACAUUUUAAGCAUCUUUAGGAUGAGUGAUUCAAAGACAGGAAUACACAAAGUAUGAGUGGAAUGCACUUAUUAUUCCAGGUAACAAAAUCACUCAAAAAUGAGUGUGAA